AUGUACAGAAAAUAUUUUCUUUUUAUUGUGUAUCUGUACGGAAACCUAAAGAGAUGUCAAUCACAUACAACUACCGCUCAGGAAGUGACGACAUUCACCACAACCUGUAACGAUUACACCCAUGACGUCAUCAAGAUUCAAUCAGCAUCGUAUUAUCAAAUUGGUGGAACAUGCACCAAUGACGUCACUUCUAUUCUCUCAAGUGCCUGCGACGAUAACGAUUCUUGCUCUGUAAACGUUUAUGCCAGCGUUUUAGGGGACCCGUGUCCUGGAGUAACCAAAGAACUCUCCGUCACACACAAAUGUGUGGUUCAUGGUAUAUGGGGUGAUUGGGAGUCCUGGACAGCCCGUAGUCCGUGCUCCCACAGUUCCGGGUGUUCUAGUCCAUCCGAUACAACGACCAGGAAAAGAAAUUGCGAUAACCCUGCAGCACAGAAUGGUGGGAACACUUGUUCUGGAUCAGAUUCCGAAACCGGGUCCUGUUCUAGCAACGGAUGUAGAAUCAACGGAGGAUGGGGAAACUGGGGAACAUGGAGCUGUGUUGGAUCUCAGUGUACCUCCACUGGCCAGUCAACAUCCCGAACCCGAUCCUGUGAUUCUCCGUCUCCCGUGCACGACUCGGACAACUGCGGCGGUUUAACAACUGAUACAGAUAGCUCAACCUGUAACGGUGUUGGAUGUUUCGUUGCUGGAGUUUGGCAAACCUGGAGUAACUGGGGAACAUGUUCGGUGACCUGCAACCAGAACGAAGGGCACAGAGCGAGGACUCGUUCGUGUUCCGGGCAUGCUAACGGUGGGGAUUGUUCCGGCGCGUCUACACCUACAUCUACCCUCAGUGAAUCCGAGACUACUUCCUGUAUCACGACACUUCCUGUUUGUCAAGUAAACGGAGGUUGGACAGACUGGGGAUCGUGGUCAGCUUGUCCCUCCAACUGCUAUGGCGCUACUGCUAGUUACACCCUCACCAGAACUAGGACCUGCACUAAUCCCACGCCUACAAUAACAGGCUUACCAUGCUCUGGUGCUACCUCGGAAACUGCAACCUGUACACAGAGGAACUGUCCUAUUGAUGGUAAUUGGAGCGACUGGUCUGCUUGGGCAUCGUGUCCAUCGAACUGCUGGCCCCACAGUACGCCCGUUGGACGCACUAGAACCUGUACAAACCCCUCAGUACAGUAUGGGGGAGACGCAUGCUCCGGGGACAGUAGUGAAACUGCAACGUGCUAUUCCCUAGGAUGUCCAGUUCAUGGCGGUUGGGGCGAAUGGGGAUCCUGGAAUACUUGCUCCGUAACAUGUGACACGGGGACUAAGAAUAGGUCACGUGUUUGCAACAACCCAACGCCAGCAAAUGGGGGAAACGCUUGUGCGAAUUCUGCAGAUGAAUGUAUAGAAUGCAACACUCAAAAUUGUCAGUUUUGUCUGGUCAGGGACCACUUCAUGAAAAGCACCGCUGACUCCCACGCUUUGUCCGACACAUCACUGACCAACAGGUAUUUUCUAAUGCCAAACACGGACAACACAAUCAAGUGCUGUGGGCUAAUCUCUCACUGGGAGUUUUAUCCUAAAGCAGAGGGCACUAUCAUCUUCCAGAUAUGGAAACUCGAAAGCGGGAGCUCGUAUAAACUUAUUGGGUCAAAUCAGGUCGAGGUUCCAGCAUCAGCCGUCGAUACAGUCCACCGAUACACAGUACCUACAGCGGACCGCAUAGCGGUCAUCGACGGUUACUUCAUAGGCUGGUAUUGCAACAGUACCAACAUGAUUCCAUACUCGUCUUGCAGUAGUUCUUUAGUCAACGACAAAUGCACCACAGGAGAACCUUCCUGGAAGUCUUGUAACACCGACUCUUACACGUCCCUACCAUUUUCAGAGGUAGCCGUAGGAAGCACUCUGUCUUGGGCCUCGGGCACCCAGGCUUCGGACAGAUACACGGCCAUAACCUUUGCCACCGUCGACAAUACGGACCCUAUAUUUAACAUGAGUUUGGUGAAGGUAGCCAUUGUUGAUCACACCACUGUCGGAACCAGCGUCAUGCCGUUCACCUUCACAGACGUAGAUGUCGCCGAUUUCUUCGAUUACUCCGGCUAUUCCAAUUCUCAUACUUACUUCCUGUUUGACACUGCGGAUUUGACUAUUAAAGUGAAGGCCGCUUUGCCUCACACUGUCGGGACAGCAGAAACUGUUCACACGUACGUCAUCAGCGCCAAGGAUUCUUGUGACAAUGCCGUCACCGGAACUGUUACCAUAACAACAUUUAACGGCCCCCCAGAAUUUACCAACUUACCAAAUCACGUGGAACUGAUAGAAGGAAUCCAGACGGAGCACAAUUUGUUUACUGUAACCGUCACCGACCCCUCCCCUGACCCUGUGACCUGUGUCGUAGGAUCUGUUCUCCCCUCAGCUGAAACUUCGACGUUCUCCUUUAACCCAUCAACAAAUGAGUUAAAGGUUAAUGCAAACCAAAAUAUCUCACUGUCGGACAUCACCAGCUAUGAGAUCUGGUUUGAGUGUACAGAUGGUACAGACAACUCUUCGAGCUUCCUGACAGUGCAAGUCGUCAAAUUCGACACUUUUGACGAAACUCAGGUUCAGCCCACUUUCUUCUCCGUGACGGCCAUGGUGACCGCAGGUGGGCUAGCGAUCAGCGUGACAUUUGUAAUUGCGAUUUAUGUACUAGUCAUUUAGGGUCCUUAAAAUGGAUAUUCAAGACUGCAUUAAAUAAUCCCAAGUACUUUAUAGUACUUUUCUAAAGUGUCGUGAAUGCUUACUCCUACGCACUUGUUCCCAUUUCUGAUGUUUUCAGGGGACUUUUUAUGUCCUGCUCACAAUUUUGUAUUCUUUAAAGGGUUAAUGAGAUUGAUCACUGUUUGUAAUUUUCACCUUUUCUAGUAAAUAUACAAAAAAUGUCAUGUUGAUUCAGUUGAUUUUCCUGUGAUAAUCUUCACGUUUUUUCCAUUUUUACGCAUUCAACAUAGCUGCACAGCAUUAACAUGUUCCGUGAUGCUGCCAGUCUUGCAUGACCUUUGCAUAAUCAUUUAUUUAUUGUCAUCAAAGAUGCAACAUCUCAAAUAAAGUGAUAUUGGAAAGCCGCCUUAUUUUUGCACAAUGGAUGAAGAACAUUGAAAUUGUUGAUGACAUCAGAUUUUCUGAUGACGCACAUUUCUACCUAAAUGGGAUCGUAAAUAAGAAAAAUGUGUGUUACUUGGGCAGUGAGAAACAAAAUCUGUAUUUGGAGAAACCUUUGCAUGGGAGAAAAGUGACAGUUUGGGCUGCUUUGAGUUCAACGGGGGUAAUCGGACCUUUCUUCUUUGAAAUCAAAAAUGGUGAUACACAGAGAGUGAAAAGCAUUCGUUACCUUGAAGUUCUAAAAAACCCUUCCAAUUUUAAUCAGAAAAGGCAUAAAUCCAAAGGAAAUCUGGUUCAACAGGAUGGGGCGACCCCACACACUACCCGAGCUAUUACGGAUUGGUUUCAUGAAACAUUUGAUGGAAACUUCAUUUCUUUCAAAACCCCUUCAUUCCUCUGACCUGAAGCCUCUCGAUUUCCCUUUAAGGGUGUGUGUGAAAGAUCGGGUCUACAAUCCACAGCGGAACGAAAAUGUUUAAUUCGGAAAGAAAUGCGGAGGAUUUCAGCUGAAAAUGCUGUUGUCAGGAAUUUCACACACACCUACUAAACAUUGUUACUGCUAAAAAAAGGGCGAUAUUUAGAGCAUAUUCUGUUAAUUUGUUGGGAGUUUUUAAAUAUCACUUACUUUGUAAUUAACAUAUGUAUGUUUUUCAUGUUUUUAUGCAUACAAUUUACAUUAUAUAAAUUCAUGAAAAUGCA